AUGGCCACCUCCGUCCGCUCCAUCCGCGCCCUCGUGCCCCUCCUGGACCGCGUCCUCGUCCAGCGCGUCAAGGCCGAGACCAAGACCGCCAGCGGCAUCUUCCUGCCCGAGUCCAGCGUCAAGGAGCUCAACGAGGCCAAGGUCCUCGCCGUCGGCCCCGGCGCCCUCGACAAGAAGGGCAACAGACUACCCAUGGGCGUCGCCCAGGGUGACCGUGUUCUGAUUCCUCAGUUCGGCGGUUCCCCCGUCAAGGUCGGCGAGGAGGAGUACCAGCUCUUCCGCGACAGCGAGAUUCUGGCCAAGAUCAACGAGUCGUAA